AUGGAUGAAAUCGGUGCAAAACAGUUCGACGAACUUCGCGAUCGACGAAGUCAACAAGCCGGAAGUGACGACGGUUUACGAAGGACAUCUCGGACCCGGAAGGUCCAGCGUGAGUACGCAGAAUAUUUAAAUGAAAUACAUUCCAAAGGACUAAAGCAUGAAUUAUUAAAACUUUCGCAAAUUAUUGAAGUAUCUACAGAGUCUUUAAAAACUUAUGAUUAUAGUAAUAUUGAGACUACAGAAAUUGAAAAAACUUUGGACACUAUACAUUCAAAGUGGGUUAAGUACCUCAAAGUACAUGAAGAUUAUUCUCAGCUGAUUAAUAACACGCGUGACUUGGAGCGUCUUAGAAUCCAACGUCAAAGUCUCGAACGAAAAAUAAAUGAAUGUAAUCAACUAGCUAUUGGUCAACUUAACAAGAGCAUUCGCAGUUUACAGAGAGACUCAAAGUUUGAGAAUGGUCUUCACCUUAAGGAUGAUGAUAAACUUUCGGUGUCAGUACAAAGUAGUGUUUCCAUGUCAAGGUCGUCAAAGAGUAGACGUUCAGGGGGGUCCUCUGUGUCGUCUAGGGUGAAGACGGCUGCUCGUUCAGCAGAAUUAGCAAGGUUGAAACUGGAGCAGGCAGAGAGAAGAGCAAAAGCAAAGGAAAAACAAAUGCAAGAACAGAUAGAAUGUGAGUUACAAGAUUUGCGGGACCAAGCGGAGUACUCUCAGUUAGAAGCCGAACUUUUGGCAGCCGAUCAGGCAGACGAAAGAUAUAGUGACUGCGGAAGCAUGCGUAGUUUAUCAAAGACUGUAGCUGGUAACAGGGUUAAUAUGAAGGUAGAAGUAAAAAAUUCGACACCACAGGACAGAGCUUUCUACAAGACAGAUCACCCCUCAACUCGGCCUGAGUUAGUCAAAUCGCCACCCGAAUCAGUGCUCGAUAACAAGCAAGGGAUUGCGUCCCUUUCUGAGAAAUGCAAUGACACGGAGCCAUCUACACCCGAGUUUAAACCAAGCGUUGACAAAACUAAACCUGAUUUAACAACUACAUUACUCGAAAUGAAUCAGCAAUUGGUUAGUGCCAUGAAGCAGGGAACAUAA